GGUUGACCAAAAUAUGGAUUAUUGAUCUCGGUUCCUGGGUGGGAACUCAACACCUGUCUUGUAUUAGAACUUGAAUUCCCUAAUUUGUUGUGCUGAGGGUGAGACUGGAGUCAUUCAUAGAGCAGGUCACUUAGGAAGUGUUGUAUUUCCUAUACCUGAAAGGAAAGCGUGUGGUCCAGUGCUGUUUGGCCUUGGAGAGCUUGUGCAGUUCUUGGUCACCUGCCUAUUGAUGUAAGGAAGACUGAACAUGGGCGAUGAACUAAGAAAUGUAAAGUAAUUACUUCAGAAUGUGUUGGGACUCUAGGAGCCUGUUGAAAAGCUGAGGAUUAAGUGUUGUAUAAUAAAAUGAACCAGUGAUUUCAACAAAGAAUAUGGGGAUUUUGAAAUUGGACUGUUACAGCCAGUAGUGAACAUUAGUAAGCAUUCUGAAGUGACUUCCAUUGGUGUAGAGUGGGAAGAAAAACAAGUGUUAAUUAUAGGAUCACAAACACUUGAAUUUUCUACUAUUUAAUUAAUAGCUUCCAGACUUUUCUCUGAUGCAUUACAAAAAAACCCAAACAGAAACCAACAAACCAAACAAAAAACACAGGACCUUUUGUCAGUUAAUUGAUAUAUUGCUAUUUAGAUGGCUAUUUUUAACAUUCCCUUGAUAUCUUGCACUUGGGGAGGAUGAUGAUCUGUUCGGGUUUUUUUCAUUUUUUUCUCAAGUUAAUUUCUGAACUUUGUGAUUCAUUAAUUACUGUCUGAGUCACAGGUGCUUUCUUAGGUCAGGUACACCUUAUGUAGUUUGCUCAUAUAGUAAUGCCAGGGCUGUGACUAUUUUUAAUGACAUUUCUCUAGUGACACUUACAUAGUUUAAAGGUAUGUUUGUAAGACUAGUUUAUUUGACCACCAGUUCAGUAUAAAUCUUUUUGCCAAUGUGUUCUUACACUGAAUGGUCUAUUAUAGUUAUUCAGUAGGGGUACCUCAGAAAACCUUUCUCAAGGCAAGUAUCAUCUAAUCAUGGUAACUAUUCCAGAGUUUUGAUAUAGCAACAGAGAUAUUUCUUAAGAAUUUCAGUAACUUGAAAAGUACCACUAAUAUAUGUGAUUUUAAAAAACAAACCAACCAACCAAAAAUGAAACAAAAACCAACAAAAAACCCCCACAAACAAACAGAAAAACCCCACAACAACGAAACACUGAUUCUCUGGCAGAUAGAUCCUGCAUUGAUUUACUGCAACAAUUUUAUGCAGUUCCAUUACCUUGUCUGCAUAGUAAGGCUCUUUUGGGUUCAGGCUUAGCAUCUGUACUUGUAAUAAUGACAUGGCAUUUGUCCCAGGGAAGGAGAUCCAUAUAUUAAUAUUACAGUAUGUAGUAGUCUUGCACUUUUUGGGUCAUAUAAGUAUUUCUUGUUCGCAGUUUGUCUAUCAUAUGGAUAGACUCCUAUUUUGCCAUUCACUUCCAGUACCUUAUUAAUGUAAGUAUUCCAAAGUUUCUGUUGUUUUUAUGAAAGUCUGAAAUUGUAGCAGUUACUUAAUAUGGGAAGCAGUUGGAUUGCAAGAUGUUCUGUGCUACAGCUGCCCAGGAUUCAGUUCCACACAUGGUAAGAUGUUAUUUUUCCAAAGAUCAUCCUUUAAGCUUGAAUGCUCAGAAUCAACAAAUCAUCCUGCAAGUCUGAGCUUUUGGGUGUUCAGUCUGAGGGAUGUGAAAGAUAAGUGUCCCUUUUUUUUUUUUCUUUUUUUAAUUACUACUGUUUUUUUCAGAAAGUACCGAUCCUUGUCCCCAAGAAUCUUGUCUCAGUGUUGUGUGUUAGCAAAAACUAAAACCCCAAAAUGGAAGAAAUGAGUUUUUGAUAACCACUUGCUGCGUAAAUGAAAUAGAUCAUAUAGGUCAUCCAAUCAGUGAGCUAAAUGAAUCCCCUGUCCCUUAAAAUGGCUGUAAACAGACCAACAAAAUGAAAGUGUUUAUUUUCAUGCUAUUUCUUUCGAAGAGAACAUGAAUUGCUGGUGGCUGUGGAUACUUUUGGUUAGAGAUGUUGUAUUCUCUUCCUAUUUUCGUUUGUAAGUGUUUCCUAAGUUUUAACUUCCUUUAUUCUGAGAACAAGUUUUCAUGCAGCUUUCGAGAACAGUUUUGCAACACAAGACUUUGAGACCAAUGCCUCGGCACGCCUCAUGGCCUAUGUUACUAACAUAAGUUAUCAUUUUUGAUUUUUUGGGGUGAGGUUUACAGAUACUAAGAGAGAAGCUGAAACCUUCAGUAUGCAUCUAUGCAGAAAGAAGAAAGGUUUGCAUUUUCUGUUAGGUAUGUGUCACCAUGUUUUGCAGGUUUCUGUGGUGAAAUGAAGUUAAGAAGAAUGGGCAAAAGUACCCCUGACGGUGGGAAAGGAAUGUAUUCUUGCACUCUGUUAUCUGAGAUCUGCUUUAGAUUUGAUGCAGCUUCCUCCUCUACCAGGUAACAAGGGUGGGAUCAGCCUUUGCUUUUGAGUAAGUUGGGGAUGCAAUCUCCAUGCUCCCAUAAAAUGCAUUAUGACAAAUACUGGUAUCCUAAACUCCUACUGCUCAACAAUGUAAUAAUCACAGAAUGUCAGGGAUUGGAAAGGACCUCAAAAGAUCAUCUAGUCCAAUCCCCCUGCUGGAGCAGGAACACCUGGAUGAGGUUGCACAGGAAGGUGUCCAGGUGGGUUUUGAAUGUCUCCAGAGAAGGAGACUCCACAACCUCCCUGGGCAGCCUGUUCCAGUGCUCUGGCACCCUCAUUGUGAAGAAGUUCCUUCUCAAUUUUAAGUGGAACCUCUUGUGUUCCAGUUUGAACCCAUUACCCCUUGUCCUACCAUUGGUUGUCACUGAGAAGAGCCUGGCUCCAUCCUUGUGACACUCACCCUUUAUAUAUUUGUAAACAUUAAUAAGGUCACCCCUCAUUCUCCUCCAAGCUAAAGAGCCCCAGCUCCCUCAGCCUUUCCUUAUAAGGGAGAUGUUCCACUCAGUCAUCUUUGUUGCCCUAUGCUGGACUCUCUCCAGCAGUUCCCUGUCCUUCUUGAACUGAGGGGCCCAGAACUGGACACAAUAUUCCAGGUGUGGUCUCACCAGGGCAGAGUAGAGGGGCAGGAGAACCUCUCUUGACCUACUAACCAGCCCCCUUCUAAUACACCCCAGGAUGCCAUUGGCCUUCCUGGCCACAAGGGCACAGUGCUGGCUCAUGGUCAUCCUGCUGUCCACCAGAACCCCCAGGUCCCUUUCCCCUAUGCUGCUCUCUAAUAGGUCAUUCCCCAACUCAUACUGGAACUUGGGGUUGUUCCUGCCCAGAUGCAAGACUCUGCACUUGUCCUUGUUAUAUUUCAUUAAACUCUUCCCCGCCCAACUCUCCAGCCUGUCCAGGUCUCUCUGGAUGGCAGCACAGCCUUCUGGUGUGUCAGCCACUCCUCCCAGCUUGGUGUCAUCAGCAAACUUGCUGAUAGUACACUCUAUUCCCUCAUCCAAACCAUUGAUUAAUAUAUUGAAUAAUACAGGCCCCAGUACUGACCCCUGAGGCACUCCACUAGAUACAGGCCUCCAACUAGACUCUGGCCUAUUGACCAUGACUCUCUGGCUUCUUUCCUUCAGCCAGUUCGCAAUCCACCUCACUACCUGAUCGUCCGGACCGCACUCCCUCAGUUUAGCUGUAAGGAUGCUGUGGGAGACUGUCAAAUGCUUUACUGAAGUCAAGGUAGACCACAUCCACCACUCUGCCAUCAUCUAUCCACCUCAUUAUGUCCUUGUGAAAGGCGAUGAGGUUGGUCAAGCACGACUUCCCCUUGGUGAAGCCAUGUUGACAGCCACUGCUGACCCUCUUAUCCUUGAUAUGCCUUGAGAUGGCACCAAGUUGUUCCAUCACUUUCCCAGGGAUGGAGGUGAGGCUGACCAGUCUGUAGUUACGCUGGUCCUCCUUCUUGCCCUUUUUGAAGACUGGAGUGACAUUUGCUUUCCUCCAGUCCUGGAGGAAAGCAGUAAUCUUGUUUAUCAAUGUAAUCUAUGAUUGAAAAUUAAGGAUCUCUAAGUAAGGAUCUAGAGGAACAUAUUGAAAGUGAAUUAAAAUGGAAUGGAGCACCAAUGUUCUUCAGAACUUUAUGGUGCAACCUGAUGAGAAAUCAGAUUCUGUGAAAUGAAUUGUGUGGGAACUAGCAAGUGGGAUCCAGCAAGGGAAAGAAAUUACAAAAAUGACUUGCAACAACUUAAACAUUAAAAACAGAAAAUGUAAUAUUAAACUGAAGCAGCAGUUUAAUCCUGAGUUCUGAGGAAAACAAACAAACAAAAAGGAUUAUAGCAUUAGUUCAUACCCAGAGUACAGUUGUGUAUCAUAAAAAUAUGUCCAUGAAGGAUCAAACACUGUCAUAAAAAGGUGGAGUGUGACUUAAAUAUAUAUAUAAUUUUUUUCCUUUUUUUUUUUUUUUUUUUCUUAUCUGACUCUUACUGUUUUCACUUUUGCUUUUUUGGAUAUGGAGUACAGCUGAAACCAGAUUAGCCAUUACAGGACCCCAGUCUCCUUUAAGGUAAUAUCAGAAUGAUUUAUUUUGCUUUGUUGCUUGAAUGUCAUUGACUGGGCCAAGAACAGGAGUUUAUAUGUGGUCUCUGAUUGGGGUAUUUUGUAGCCUUCUGAAGAACUGUCAGGUGGUUUCUCUGUAAAACAGAGACUUCAGCUAGGAGAUCCUUAAUGAAUGAGCAAUGUCAUUCUUCCAAGCUCCUCUUGAAGAAGUGGUGAUGAGACAGAACAUUUAAUGUAAAUGUCCUGCCACGUAUCUGGAAAUCUUCCGUGCUGAAUAUGGAAAGGUUUUUUAAAUCUACUGCCCUGAACCUUUAAAAGUGAAGAUAAUUCUUUCUCUAAUUGCAGCAUAGCAAUUCUGGACUCUGUGUAAUUUCUUGAUAUUGCAAAGUCUGUACACUUUCAUCAGUAGGUAAUUCAGGUGAUACUUUUAUUGUUUAGUAUGUGUUCUUGUUUAAUGCCUGGGGAAGAAGGAAGGCAAAAGGAAGCUGGAAUGUUUACUUGUGGAUCCUUUUGGUGUAUUAAUCUGUGCUAUGCCCUUAUUGUCUACCAUGUAGACAAGAAUAAAUUCCAUAUCUUUUUAUAGGAUUAUCAUUGAGCAGUUCACAUGCUGUCCUGGGAAGACUGAGUGAUAUAAUGGUUUGUUAAAAACUACUCUGAAGGCAAUGGGAGGUGGAACUUUUAAAAACUGGGAGAAGAACUUUUAAGAUUUGUUAAAAAUUUGGCACAAGCCACCUGCUUAGUUAACACCAGGGGAUCAAUCAGUUGAGCUGGCCCUGCUCAGUCAGAGCUUCUACAUACGCACUCAAGAUUGGUUUUGUAUAUUUUGUAUAUAUAUUCUCUGUUUAUUAGUAGCAUUAGUAAAACCCUUUAAAACUCUCUACUGAAGAAAAUCAGUAGAAAAACAGUAGAAAAUCAACAUUUUAUUCAGUAUCUACUUAGGGUAUUUAUCUAGCUAGACAGGUUUUCUAGACUGGUUUAAUCAUAGUUAUAGCUACACAAAAAAAAAAUCUGCUAAAAGCUUAUGGAAUGGAUCUUCUAUUAAACUUGAGUUGUACUGCUAGUGAUUAAAAACAAAAAAACCCAAACAAACAAAAAACACCAAACCCAAGCUUGCUGGCUGGUGUAGUUUAUCUUCUGGAUGUGUACAGAUUGGUUACAUGGCAUAAUGACUCUUGCAAAAUAGGUCUGUGAUGUUGGAGGUACAUUCGCAAGGCACAGGAGCAUAGCAUCCAUAAUUUUAGGUGCCUUGCUGCACACUGACUUCCCAAGCAUGGUGUGGAAGACCUAGAUGUCUAAGAUUUCAAGAAACCAAGUUAGAUCUAAGUUAGCUCCAAGAAGAAAUGCUGUGUGAGAGAGAAUUAGGUAGCUGUAUACUCCUAGAAAGCACUCUAUGAUUUAAGCCCUUUGAUAAGGUCAGCUUUUUCUCAUUAAAAACAGUGAAGCUACUGGGUCUUUUCUUGAGACUGAAGAGUGUAUGGGUAGAGUGAGUGCUCAGCUAGGAUGAGCACCUUGAUGUUGGAGGCUGUGAAAUCUGUCUUCCUUGCUUCCCAAAUGAGUUAUCGAAGUUUAGAAUAAAAGUACUUUGGAUAAUGUAUCUUUAAUUCUCUACCACUGACAUACUCUAUUAAUUAAUGGAGAAUUUCGCUCAGAUUUUGAGAAGGUCACUGAGCAUUGCCUUUCGCUUAGGGUUGAGGAAACUGAAGCAGAUAGAUCCAAUAACAGACUGAAAAGUUACAAGGUGUGUCUACUUGGACCAGAAUUUCCAGGUUCCCAGGGGACACUUGGACUGCUAAACUUUAUUACACUUAAGCUGGUGUCUUAAUUCUUGCAGCAAUAAAUAAAAAUGUCAAAGAAAAGCAGGGAAUUCAAAGUGAUACCAUAUUUCUUAGCUUACUUGUUUAGAUUUUUCUCCAUUUCUUACAUUAGCAAGAUAUAGCACAGCUAUUGCAUAUAUGUUAUGUAUAAGCUAUGGUAACCUGUUAGAUGGUACGAAAGUGAGGAUGUAGCUGUCGUACCUUGGAAGUUAUUAUGCACGUAGCCUUAUUGUUUAGUACUCAUAAUAUCCUUAUCAUUCAGUUUCUCAGCACAGACGAUUUUGGGUUAAGAUACAAUGAGAACAUUGCUGUUUAUACUUUGUAAAGCAGCUUGAGAGAAAACGGUCCAAAAUGUUGUUCUUACUUUUGCAAAAUGCUGUCAUGGCACCAUUCUAAGGCAGAGUAUCUGCAAAGUGCAUGAGUAACUUAACUAACACUUUAGCUUUAAUUAUUUUAGCAUAGAUUCUCACUGAAGAAAAAAAUGCAUAAAACUUGAUAAGGGGUUUAUGAUUAAGAGGGUGCAGUUUUAACUGUAACUGUUACAAACAGUGGCUUUCAGCCUUGUGGCUUGUCUAUUUGAGUUUUUUACGAAACCAUAUUCUGUUGGUGCAUAGUUUGGAUCUAUGAUUUUUCUGCUUUUCUAAGAUUUUUGCAGGCUUUUGGUGAUCACAGGUGUUCAGGAGAUGGUAACAAAUGCUUUUUUUUUUCUGAGACCAGUGGCUGUGCAUUGAUUCAUCGCAGACACCAGUCUGUAAAAAAGCUUGCCAGCUCAAGCUGCCAUUUCUGGCCAUCAGGGACAAGUAAGGAAUCAGAAGUAUAUCCGAAAGUUUCCUGUAGUAAAAAGUGCUUAAGAGCUUGGGCCAUCUUAUCUCUUCUGCGGUUGAAAAGGAGGGAGUAUUACUGGACAUGGGGAAACCCAUUCCAGGAGCUCUUCCUGGCCGAGGGCAAGCACCCCCAUGUCUAAAAGAAGAAAACCUUUAAUGUACUUUCCUCUAGGGUAUGUGGCCCAGUGCAGUUUCUGAGCAGGCCCUGCCAGAGGUUUGCAGCAGAUAUGUUUUGUGCUUGCGAGAUGCCCCACGUUCAGUGCCCCUUACCAAGGGAUUGUCACUUUGGACGCGCAGGAAUGAGCUGUUGCUCCCCUGGCAAGGUGAAAGCAGUCAAAAAGGACUGGUUGCAUUAGGUAUGAGGAAAGAAAAAGUAUAAUUGGGACAUGGUAACAGGGAUCCAUAUAGGAUCCAUGGUUUGGCAGUAUCCAUGGCAAUUUUCCUGCUGUUCUCUGGAUCUGAUUGCAGUGAAGCAAUCACAGAAGGACUGUUACUCUCCUUGGAGGUCUAUUGGAACUCUGUGAAGGCUUUAAUUAUCAAUAAAACACAGAAGCACAGAUUCGUGGGGUAAGAAGGUGACUGUUUAGAAGAUGAAGUGAAAAUAAAAUGAUUGAAUGGCACUCCUGGUACCGUAUUGGUACCUGGAGCUACAAAUCACUAGUCAUGGGGAGCACACCAGCCAUGUAUUUUGCCAAGUUCUUACACUCUUCCUUAGGCUACAGGCAGUUGAGACAGACAGAAUACAGACUUGUCCCAACCCUUAAUUUGACCUCACAUUUGUUCACUGCUUUAUUUUCUUUUCAACCACAUAAUAGCUUGGACCUCAAGAACUUAUUUUAGAUCAGCUUUGGUCUUACUAGCAGAAAAAGGCUAGUGGUAUUACUCAGUCGUCAUUGCCAAAGUGUGUUUUCUACAUUUCCAGCAUUACCUGGAGAUGACACAAAGCUUACAGCAGUAAUGGACAUGCAUGCUGUAAAGAUAUUUGUAUGGAUGAUGAAGUUUUGCAGUGUUUGUACUGCUGCCAUUCAAAGAUUUAGAAAAAGCUCUUGGCAAAUGCUAAUGAAUUUUUUGCUAUAACAAAGCACAGACAUGACAGCCAACAUUUUUCAAAUUUAAGUUUCCAAAAUUAGACACCAAAGUGUUUUUAGAACCCAUAAUAAAAAGGAUUGAAUUUUUACAACUGUGGAAUACUCACAGCUCUCUGCAAGUGGUUUCAUUACUCAUACAAAAAAUAAGCACUUGUGGAAGACACACAAUUUCUCCCACCAGCGUGGGAAGAAAAGCCUCGUCCUAUUAAAGUUAAUUGCUGAGCUCUCAUUCGUGUGCAGGGAGUUUAUUUUGUUCCUUGGUUCAGGGAUGGUGGCAGCACUGGGGCUCCCAAUUUCAGUGGGAGUUUUGCAAUUGUUGUCUGAGGGUUGGACCGUUACUGCGUAACUGCUCUGGUAAGUAACUAUAUACGCUCAUUUACAGCAUACCAGUUUCCAGCCCUAGGGUCCACAGAAAGAACAACAUCAACAACCAAGCUGACCAUGCCUUUUGUCAAGAAAUGAGGAAGGAAGGAAGGGAGGGAGGAAAGCAAGAGAGAAUCUCGAAUCAGCCCUUCUGACCUCCACAGAUAAAGAUCAGGUUGCAUAAAGAACUUGUAUUUUAAAAUAUGAGCUUGGAAAAACUGCAUAUUUUGUGCUGGUAGCUCUUCUAGACAUAUACAUGAUUUAAAGAAUCUUAGGAAAACAAGAUUUAUCUAGCAUCAGAACCUUUUAAUAUUUUCUGCUUGCGAGUCAACUUUUUUUAAUGUUUAUUGGAUUUUUGGCCUAUCUUCUUUAUACUCCUCAUGACUCUCAACCUCUCGGAUAACUCUGCAAGAUGCAACUUUCUUCCCAGACUGAACUGACCUGGAUAUGCAACAUGCACAACAGCACUGCUGAAGCUCCGCAUGCAACUGGAACAUGUAACGAGACACUGCGCACACUGGCACCGAGCCCUGAGUUUUCGCUGGGCGUGUUGGUGCUGCUGGCUUUCCUCAUGGUGUUGCUGGCUCUGGUCACCACCCUGGGAAACAUCCUGGUGAUCUUUGCUUUCAUCACAGACAGAAACCUGAGGCAUCGGAGUAACUAUUUCUUUCUCAAUCUUGCUAUUUCUGACUUUGCAGUGGGUGUGUUCUGUAUACCUUUGUACAUCCCUUACGCCCUGACAGGGACGUGGCACUUGGGAAGAGGCCUGUGCAAGCUCUGGCUAGUCAUGGACUAUCUCCUGUGCACAGCUUCGGUGUUCAGCAUCGUCCUUAUCAGCUACGACCGUUUUCUGUCAGUUACUAAAGCGGUCUCUUACAGAGCCCAGCAGGGAAUCACGUCCAACCCUGUCAUCAAGAUGGUGGCCACCUGGGUCUUUGCCUUCCUUCUCUACUGCCCGGCCAUCCUCUUUUGGGAGCACGUGGCCGGACGCAGCGUGGUAGCGGUGGAUCAGUGCUACGCUGAGUUCUACGACAACUGGUACUUCCUCCUGUGCGCGUCCACCCUGGAGUUCUUUGUGCCACUGUUCUCGGUGACCUACUUCAACGUGCACAUCUUCCACAGCAUCCAGAGGCGGCAGCGGCACGGCAGCACGCAGGACUGUGAGCCUGCGAGGAGCGGCAGCCUGUCCUGGGGAUUUUGCCUCUUGCCAAGGCCAGGAGCAUCGUCUUUUUCUCCAUCAGAAGCAGAGGACAGUGUUUCAUCCUUAACGAGGUCAUGGAGACCAGCACUGGUGGCUAACUGUCCAUCUCCAACACAAACCAGUUCCGCAGCCCUCAAAAGGGAAUUUUCUGCUUCUUUCCAUUCGAGGACUGGGUCAAAACUGCAGCAGGACAAGAAAAUAGCGAAAUCGCUUGUCAUAAUUGUGUGUGUCUUUGCCAUUUGCUGGGCCCCAUACACUUUACUAAUGAUUAUUCGUGGGGCCUGCCGAGGAACCUGUGUCCAUAAAUCCCUGUAUGAAAUAACCUUUUGGCUUUUGUGGCUCAACUCCUCUUUAAACCCAUUUCUUUACCCUCUCUGUCAUAUGAGGUUUCGAAUGGCUUUCAUGAAAAUAUUAUGUCCCAAAAAGUUUGCAAAAUUGAGAUCACGUAACACACCUUCUAUUUAGAGUUAAAAAGAAUGACUUACAGAUAAGAUUCCUUUCUUAUUUAGUACUAUUUUUUCAUAUGUAUCUUCAACAGAAAUAGAGAAAAACAUUUUGUUUACUAGUGGCAGCAGAGGUAUGUGUUUGCCCUGAGUUUGCUAGUUUUCAGGAAUUUGUUUUUGCUGGUAUGAUGCCAGGUUAAACACCAUCUAGUGCAUAGAAAAGAAUAACAAGUUUCGCUGCAUGUCUUUUUGGUUUGCCUUGUGUUUUGUUUUUUGGUUGGUUUGUUUUUGGUUGGUUGGUUGGUUUGUUUGUUUUUUCAAUAUAGAGAUGGUACUAUGAAAGAACUCUUCAUACAUAUGUCCAUAGAGGCUAGUUGGAGGAAGAUACCUGUUUGUGCAUGUGUUGAGUUAAAAUUUAUUUCCUAUUCAUGAACCUAAGCUAUCAGUGAAGGAGUUCUGCUACAUUUUCAAAAGGUUGUAUAAGUAUUCACAAAAGCAGUAUGAUUUCAUUUAAAAAAAUAUUAUGAAGACGAGAUAGUGCCCUGUGGUCAUUAUAAUUCCCACAGUGAGCAAUAUGCAGGUGAAUGGACUGCCUAAUCUGGCAUAUGUCUUUUUCUAAUUCUAGUGUAGUCCAUACCCGGUGUUGUAGGACACAGUACACCUAAGUUAGUAAUUCUGGAUGGGUUUCAGAGGAUGGAAGUUUCCAUGGUAAUGGAAUGCUGAGAUUGGUUAUCAAAAUUGUCACAGGCAUAAAAGGUUGUUACUCUUUUCACCAAUAUUGUCUUUUCUCCUGACAGUGGCUGCCUCUUUGGUCAUACUUAUAUGUUAUUUAGUGCCAGAUUUGUGCACAAUUUGACUACCUAAAAGAUAGGCCAGGCUUGGGCGCAUGAUCACAUUCCUGUUGAAUUAGCAGAGCAAGCAAUGCAAAGUUCACGCUGGAUUUAUGGUUUUGGCUGGCUGUGCGAGAAUAGAUAAUACCCCCUCGGGUGUAAAGAUUUGCAAGUGCAAAGAUAUUCCAUCAAAAUGUCCGGAACAAAUUUGAACUGACAGAGUGAUUUUUUUUUAAUACUAGAUCAGUUCUUUGUGUCUGUGACAUCAUAUGGAUUUUCUCUGCCACUGAACCAGUAUCAAACUGGAUUUUUUUCUAUCACUGAACAAGGGCCAUAUUCAGUGCUUGAGAAUGGGAUUCACAGAGGUCUGAAAGCUGACACAGAGAUGUCUUAAGCAGCUGUUAAUAAACAAAGCAGUUGAAUAUGCAGUGCUGGAAGGAGUGGGUAGAUGUGUUGGAGAAGAGAACAGAGCUUGCUUAGAACCCAUUCCAUGUGCCAGACUUUCUCACCUUGUGUUGAGUGUUGCAACUCACCCAGAAAGCUUUCAUGGAUGGGUAAGUGAGAGUCAUCGGUUACAUUUUUUUUUCUCUCUUUUCAUAUUAUUGUUUUUCUUUUUUGUAUAUAUAUAUAUAUAAAUGUAUAAUAUAUGGAAAGAGAAAUGUGAUGCACAGAACAAUGAAGAGCAACAGUCAAUUUAAAUAGUAAUUUUUAUUUAAUUUGAAACUGGCUGUAGGAGUGUUGAAAAAACAGAGUACUCCUUUGCAAGCGCAAUCCAAACGCAUGUAAGCAGCUUAAUCAUAGCACAAAAGUUGGUGGCUUUGAGGAGCUAAAAUGCCAUUCUGUUCAGAGGUCUGGAACUGAAGAAACUCUUGCCAGUUUCCACACUGGUGGAAGAUUAUCUGUCACCAUUCAUUCUCGUUGUGCUUCCUUGCCUCAUGUGGGUAGUGUGGUGGAUUGUGAGCCUGAUUGUGAAGGGAGUUGCAGCUUCAGAAGGAGGUCAUUGGUUCAGCACAGCUGUUUUUGCUGCCAUAGGCUAAGGUGCUUGCAUAGGUUUUGUGGGCCAAACACACACAUAUUUAGAAAAAGUAUAGAAUAUCUAAUGUACUAAAUGAACAUCUGUUAAACAGAGAAACUGUAGGUAGGCCCAUUACUGGAAAGUACUUAUCUGCUUUUCUAUCCCUAUGCUUUUAGUAUAAAAAUUCAGUUUGUGCUUUGUGAUUAAAUAAUGUGUUGCUUACUUUGGAAAAAUGACCUAUGAAAGUAUUGACUAGGUAAACUGUAUCCACAUUUUGCAGCACUGGAAAAACGGAGUUUGACAGGGAGCACAAUAUUCAGCAAAUUUAGAACCACAGAGAGUAGUGAAGCUACUAGAGAUCAAUGUUUUUGUUGUUCUAUAUUACAUACACAGUGUUCAAACUGUUCUAUCACACCGCUUCUGUAUAUUUGAAGAAUUUAUUGUAUUUUUCUAAUUGUUGAAAACUUUACUGAGUGCUUCCAGGGUAAGUCAAGCCCUUAGUUACUGUGCUCACAGCAUUAAAGCCGUUUUGUUCAAGAUGUCAUCCUAAGUCUUCUUCUCCCUAUCAGACAUUUUGCAGGAUUAUGGUAAGAUACUUAUUGAGCAUUUGUUCUUGGUGGUGACACAAAUGGACUUGGCUUACCAAAGUGAUUUCUAAGCCAAGUCUGUCCACUCAUUCAUCCAUUUCACUAUUUCAUGUCCUUGAAUUUUCUUCUGUCUUUGCAGAUGUCCAGUAGGUCUUGUAAAUACAUGGUGAUGGUUGGCAUACGACUCUAUGAGGUUCAACUAAAACCACAACAGUGUUUUUCUAACUUGACCCUCUCAGUUCUUUUAAAAACCCAAUCAAUCAAAACAAACAAAACCCCAAACAAACAACAAACAAAUAAAAGGCAUGUCUUGGAAGAAA